CUUUCUUGUGUCCUCCGCAGCCGUCAGCAGGAGAUUGAGGAGCGUCUGAUUGAGGAGGAAACGGCAAGGCGUGUGGAGGAGCUCGUGGCACGGCGUGUAGAGGAGGAGCUUGAGAAGCGGCGUGACGAGAUCGAACAUGAGGUCUUGCGGCGGGUAGAGGAGGCGAAGCGCAUCAUGGAGGCACAGCUUUUGCAGGAGCUAGAGAGGCAGAGGCAGGCCGAACUGAACGCCCAGAAAACCAGAGAGGAGGAAGAAAAAUCCAAACGAGAGGAGCUGGAGAGAAUUUUGGAAGAAAACAACCGAAAGAUUGCUGAUGCUCAGGCUAAGCUGGCUGAGGAUCAGCUACGUAUAGUGGAAGAACAAAGGAAGAUCCACGAGGAACGCAUGAAGCUAGAGCAGGAGAGGCAGAAACAACAGAAAGAGGAACAAAGGAUGAUUUUGGGGAAGGGCAAGUCCCGACCUCGCCUCUCCUUCACUCUCAAAGCUACAGAGUGACUCUUCUCUUCUCUUCUCUUCUCUUCUCUUCUC